AUGAAGAUAAGGCUGUCUCUGGCAGCGGCUGCCUUCCUUGCAGUGCUACUAUCCUCCGUCGAGGCCCAAGUUGAACCACCUUCAGACUUGAGAUUUAAGAUUUUAAAUGAGAACACAGUACAAAUGACAUGGAAUGUUCCACUAACACGGAUAGAGGGAUUCAAGAUACAAGUGGCCUCAGAAACAGACGAACCAACAAAACAUGUAUCCCUCCCUGCCACUGCCACUAAGACCUCCAUCACAGAUCUGACGCCAGACAUGGACUAUGUAGUAACAAUCAUUGCAUACUCUGGAUCUGAGGAAAGUUUGCCCAUCUCAGGACAGCUCACAAUCCAAUCAAGUGGCACAGCACACGGAGGUCCCAGGAAACCACAGGUCAUAGACUCAGUCAAGUGUUCAUUCAGUGCUGUCACAGAUUUGGUGUUCCUGGUUGAUGGUUCAUGGAGCGCUGGAAGAGACUUUAAAUACAUCCGUAACUUCAUCUCUGCCAUGGCGGGUGCCUUUGAGAUUGGGGAGGACAAGACAAGGGUGGGCCUGGUCCAGUACAGCACUGAUACCAAGACAGAGUUUAACCUCAACCAGCACGUGAAAUGGGGCGAACUCCUCAGAGCCAUCAACACACUGCCUUACAAGGGUGGCAACACCAUGACAGGUGAGGCCAUGGACUAUUUGCUGAAAAACACAUUUACUGAGGCAAACGGUGCCAGGAAAGGCUUUCCCAAGGUGGCCAUGAUUAUCACAGAUGGGAAGUCUCAAGACCCUGUGGAGGCGAUCGCCAAGAAACUCAAGAACAUGGGGGUGGAGAUCUUCACCUUGGGGAUCAAAGGAGCAGAUGAGGACGAGCUAAAACAAAUGGCUUCAACCCCCUACAGGACGCACGUCUAUAAUGUUCUCAACUUUGACCUUAUCAAAAAUGUGCAGAAAGAGCUCAUUACCCAUGUGUGCUCGGGGGUGGACGAUCAACUCAACUCGCUCGUCAGCGGAGAGGAAGUUAUUGAACCAGCAUCAAACCUCAGAGUCAUGGAGAUGGCCUCCAAGUCUAUGAGGGUGACAUGGGACAUUUCCUUUGGAGAUGUCUCGGGUUACAAGCUCCAGCUGAUCCCCAUGAUGGCCGGCAGCAAGCACCAGGAGCUGUACGUAGGCGCCAGCCAGACCUCAGUGAUGGUUACGGGCCUGUCUCCAGACACAGAGUACCAGAUCAGCCUGUUUGCCCUCAAGGGCCUGACCCCCAGUGAGCCCAUCAUGACCAUGGAGAAGACUGAGCCAGUCAAGGUGUCCCUUGAAUGUUCUCUUGGAGUAGACGUGCAAGCUGACGUUGUCAUUCUGGUCGACGGCUCAUACAGUAUCGGACUGUCCAACUUCGCUAAAGUCAGAGCUUUCCUGGAGGUGCUGGUGAACUCCUUUGACAUCGGACAGGACAAGAUUCAGAUCAGCUUGGUUCAGUACAGCAGGGACGCUCACACUGAGUUCUACCUGAACACCCACCACGAGAUGAGCGCUGUGGUCCAUGCCGUCCGGACGUUCCCCUACCGUGGCGGUUCCACCAACACCGGAAGGGCCAUGACCUAUGUCAGGGAGAAGAUCUUCUUGACCAACCGAGGAUCGCGGCCAAACGUUCCCCGCGUCACUAUCCUCAUCACAGACGGGAAGUCGUCCGACUCCUUCAAGGACCCGGCCACCAAGCUGAAGAAAGCAGACGUGGAGAUCUUUGCCGUGGGCGUGAAGGACGCUGUGAGGUCUGAACUGGAAGCCAUUGCUACCGAGCCUGUGGAGACCCAUGUGUACACCGUGGAGGACUUUGACGCCUUCCAGAGGAUCUCCAAAGAGCUCACCCAGUCCAUCUGCCUGAGGAUUGAGCAGGAGCUCCUCAACAUCAAGAAGAAAAGCUUACUCCCACCAAGGUCGUUAACUUUCUCUGAGGUGGCCGCCAGGAGCUUCAGAGCCACUUGGGAGACCGAUGCCCUCAAUGUCCUGUCCUACCUGAUCCAGUUCAGACCUGCUGCUGACGUCGACGGGGACUUUGUGUCCAUGUCCUUGCCCGGGGACACGCUCACCACUCUGCUGCCUCACCUCACGCCCCUCACCCACUACGAGGUCAACGUCUUUGCCCAGUACACCGAAGGAGACAGCUUCCCUCUGAAUGGAUUCGAGACCACACUAGAUGAACAAGGACCAGUGCGUAACCUGAGGGUUUCAGAGGAAACGACAGACAGUUUCCGGGUGUCGUGGGCGGCAGCGCCAGGGGCGGUGGUACGGUACCGUCUAACCUAUGUACCAGUCAGGGGUGACAGCACAAGAUUAGAGACAGCCACCGUCGGCGAUGAGACCACCAUCGUGCUGCCAGAGCUCUUCCCAUUGACAACGUACCGCGUCAUGGUGGCUGCAGAGUACCAGUCAGGCACUGGUGCUGAGAUGAAGAUCGAUGGCACCACCAAAGAAGCGCUGGGAUCUCCACGUGACCUGCAGGUCUUUGACAAGACGGUGUCCACCAUGAAGCUUUCGUGGGCUGCGGCACCGGGCCGCGUCCUCCAGUACCGUAUCAAUUUCCGUCCGUCGGCGGGUGGCGAGAGGAAGGAGGUGUGGGUGAAGGGAGGGAACACCAACACCCUUCUGAAGAACCUGCAGCCUGGCACUGAGUACGAUUUGGUGGUCAGCGCACGCUACUCCUCUGGCCUAGGAGACCCUCUGGAGGGGAAAGGAACCACACUGGAAGAACUGGGUUCCCCCAAGGACCUUGUCACCAGCGACGUAACGGACACCAGCUUUGCUGCGUCCUGGACGGCUGCCCCUGGAAACGUGAAGAUGUACAGGAUCCGCUGGAAGUCGUUGUACAGUGACGAGUCAGGGGAGAAGACGGUCCCUGGAGAUGUCACCAACACUGUCCUGGAUGGUCUGACACCUGAGACCCUCUACCAGGUGUCUGUCGUGGCCUCCUACGGCAGAGGAGACGGGGACCCACUGACUGGACAGGAGACCACCGAUGUGUCUGCUGCUGCGAAGGCUCUGACUGUGUCCGAUGAGACCGAGCGAAGCAUGAAGAUAACGUGGAUGGCGGCACCGGGGAAAGUCAUCAACUACCGAGUGACAUACGUACCCACCGAUGGCGGCAAAGAGAUGUUCGCCAAGGUUCCUGGCACCUCCACCUCCACUGUGCUGAAGCGACUGACGCCCAUGACCACUUAUGACAUCACGGUGCACCCCAUCUACAAGCGGGGAGAAGGAAAAGCAAGGCAAGGAGUAGGAACGACACUAUCACCUUACAAAGCUCCCAGAAACCUGAAGACCUCAGACCCUGGCAAGACCAGCUUCAGAGUCUCCUGGGAUGCAGCCCCUGGAGAUGUGCGUGGCUACAAGGUCACAUUCCACCCCAGUGGCAAUGAUAUCGACCUGGGAGAGCUGCAGGUUGGGCCCUAUGACAACACUGUGGUGUUAGAGGAGCUCAGGGCCGGAACCAAGUAUUCUGUAGCAGUGUUUGGAAUGUUUGAUGGAGGCCAUUCUGCUGCACUGGCUGGAGAGGAGAAGACUACCCUCUCUGAUGCACCCGAUGUCCCAUUGGAACCUUGGAACGCCAAGUGUAAGAGCCAGGCCAAGGCUGACAUCAUCCUGCUGGUCGAUGGCUCAUGGAGUAUUGGCCGUCUGAACUUCAAAACCAUCCGCGCCUUCAUCGCUCGCAUCGUUGGUGUCUUUGACAUCGGCCCUGAUAGAGUCAUGAUCGGUAUGGUUCAGUACAGUGGAGACCCCAAGACUGAGUGGCAUUUGAAUGCCCACUCAACCCGGGAUGGUCUGCUCAAAGCUGUGGCUGACCUGCCCUACAAAGGGGGAAACACCAUGACAGGUAUGGCCUUGAACUAUAUCCUCACGAACAACUUCAAGUCCAACGUGGGACUGCGUAAGGACUCGCGCAAGAUCGGUGUGCUCAUCACUGACGGCAAGUCGCAGGACGAGAUCAUCACCAACUCCCAGGUGCUCAGGGAUGAGAACAUCGAGCUCUACGCCAUCGGUGUGAAGAACGCUGAUGAGAAUGAGUUGAGGUCCAUUGCCUCCGACCCAGAUGAGAUUCACAUGUACAAUGUGAAUGAUUUCUCCUUCCUGCUGGACAUAGUGGAUGAGCUCACCAUCAACCUCUGUAACAGUGUGAAGGGUCCAGGGGGCCUGGACCCGCCCACUAACCUGGUGACCUCCGAGGUAACCCACCACUCAUUCCGUGCUACCUGGACCGGGCCUGAAGGUCCUGUGGAAAAAUUCCGCAUCGACUACAUGCCCGUGGUGGGAGGAAUCACCGAACAGAUGAUUGUCGAUGGGGCGGUCACCACUGUGGUCCUGACCAAGCUGACCCCUCUGACUGAGUAUGCGAUCAACGUCUUCUCUGUGACCGGAGGGGAGACCAGCGAAGAGCCACUGAAGGGCACUGAAACCACCUUGCCACUACCCGGGGUGAUCAAGUUGACUGUGUACGACGAGACCAUGACCACCUUUAAGGUGAAGUGGGAGAAGGCUGAAGGGGCGACAGGCUAUAUGCUGCUCUACCGUGCCAUCAAUGCCACUGUGCCCACUGUGGAGAAAGAGGUACGAGUUGGGGCAGAUGUGAAUGAUGUUCAGCUGAAGGAGCUUAUCACCGACACAGCGUAUACACUCACCCUGUUCGCCCUACAUGGAGUGGCAGCCAGCAACCCCCUCAUAGACCAAGGAGUCACCUUGCCCUUGCCACCAUCGGGUAAUCUGAGGAUCACUGGUGUCACCCAUAGCGCCAUGAAGCUCAGAUGGGACGCCUCCCCGGGGAAAGUCCUCAAGUACAUCAUCACCUACAAGCCAGAUGAAGGAGAGCUCAAAGAGGUUGAAGUCAAUGGUGAUAUAACAUUCCUGCCUCUUACCAACCUCAUCUCUCAAUCUGAGUACGACGUUGCUGUCACCCCAGUUUACGACGAAGGCGUUGGAAACUCGAUGCUUGGACAAGCCAUUACAGAUGUUGUUCCUGCCCCGCAGAAUCUGAAGUUGUCCGAGGUGACCCAGACCUCGUUCAGGGCCACCUGGGAACACGGGGCCCCUGACGUGGCCCUCUACCGAAUUGGCUGGACCAAGAAGGGAGAGAACAACUUCCAAUAUUCUAUCCUGAACAGUGAUGAAACGUCCCAUAAUCUGGAGAACCUGGACCCGGACACCCUGUAUGAUGUCACCGUCACGGCCAUCUACCCAGACGAGUCAGAGAGUGAGGACCUGAUUGGCAGCCAGCGCACAUUGUUAAAGAUGACCACACCUGCUCCCACUGGACCUCCGCAGAACUUGCAGGUGUUCAACGCGACCACGGUCACUCUGACAGUGAAGUGGGACCACGCCCCAGGCCCCGUCCAGAACUAUAAGAUCUCCUUCCAACCUGUGGCAGGAGGCAAAGCUCUCUCAACCCAGGUAGGAGGGAAGAAGAACAGUGUCGUCCUCCAGAAGCUAACGCCUGACACUCCCUACUCUGUCACCGUGGCUGCCGUUUACCCCAGCGGAGAGGCCAAAGACAUCUCAGGCCGAGGAAAGACCAAGCCCCUGGGCUUCGUGAAGAACCUGCAGGUCAUUGAACCCACCACCAGCACCCUGAACGUGCGCUGGGACGCAGCUGAGGGGAACGUGCGCGAGUACAUCAUCGUCUACAUCCCAACUGCAGGCGGGGAGCAGGAAGUGGUACGUCCGGUGUCUGGUGGCACCACCUCUACCGUCCUGAGGAACCUUCUCUCAGACACGCCCUACACCAUCACCGUGGUCCCCGUCUACCCCGAGGGAGAGGGCCUGCGCCAGUCUGAGACUGGAAAGACACUUCCACGCACCCCUCCUAAGAACGUCCAGGUGUACAACCCUACCACCAACAGCCUGAACGUGCGCUGGGAGCCUGCCUCUGGCCAGGUGCAGCAGUACCGUGUCAUCUACACACCUCUGUCCGGAGAAAGACCUGCGGAGACGGUCUUGGUCCCGGGGAACAUCAACAACGCGUUCUUGGAUUCGCUCAUUCCCGACACGCCGUACUCGGUCAGCGUCCUGGCUCUGUACGCCGACGGGGAGGGACCACCGGUGAAGGGAGACGGCAAAACAUUGCCCCGUGCUAGGCCUAGGAAUCUGCGGGUGUUUGAUGCCACCACCAACACUCUGACCAUCGGCUGGGACCACGCUGAGGGACCCGUGCAGCAGUACAAGAUAGCCUACGCCCCCACCACAGGAGACCCCAUCACUGAGUUUACCGUUGUCCCUGGCAACAGAAACAAUGCCAUCCUGCAGAACCUGCUUCCUGACACCCCCUACAACAUCACUGUGGAAGCCAUCUAUGCUGAUGGAGCAGGGGGAUCGCUGAACGGGCCCGGACGCACAGUUGGCCUGCUGGAGCCCAGGAACCUGCGCGUCUCCGAUGAGUGGUACACUCGCUUCCGUGUUGCCUGGGACCCUUCGCCGUCUCCGGUGCUCGGAUACAAGCUGGUCUACACACCUGCGGAUCAGAGUAAGAGCUUGGACGUGUUUGUGGGUGACGUGACCUCAUACACCCUCCAGAACCUGCUCCCUGGCACCACCUACGAUGUCAAAGUGUUUGCCCAGUAUGAUGCUGGCAUGAGCGGGGCCCUCGAAGGACAAGGAACAACACUCUACCUGAACGUCACCAACAUCGAGACCUACAACGUUGGCUUCGACAAGUUCUGCAUCAAGUGGAGUCCUCACAGGGCUGCCACCUCCUACAGGAUCAAGCUCAACCCUCUGGACCGUAAUAAAGGUCAGCAGGAGAUCACCAUCACUGCAGCUCAGAGUCAGUACUGCUUCAAGGGGCUCUCCCCUGACGCUCUUUACAGCGCCACCGUGUUCGUUCAGACCCCUAACCUCGAGGGCCCUGGAGUCAGCACCAAAGAGAGAACAUUGGUCAAACCUACUGAAGCCCCAACGCCACCCCCUACUCCUCCACCACCACCUACCAUUCCACCUGCAUGGGCAGUGUGCAAAGGUGCCAAGGCAGAUGUGGUGUUCCUUAUUGACGGCUCGUGGAGUAUUGGAGAAGACAGUUUCCGGAAAGUGGUGCAGUUCGUCUUCAGCAUGAUUGGAGCCUUCGACGUCAUCGGAUCGACAGGAAUGCAGGUGUCGUUUGUGCAGUACAGCGACGAAGCAAAGACAGAGUUCAGGCUGAACUCUUACUCGGACAAGGGCAACGCUCUCGCUGCUCUACAGCUGAUCCAGUACCGAGGAGGGAACACUAAGACCGGCGCUGCUUUGAUGCAUGUCAAGGAGAAGGUGUUCGCCCCAGAAAAUGGAAUGAGGAGGAAUGUCCCCAAGGUUGUGGUAGCUGUCACAGACGGUCGCUCUCAGGAUGAGGUGAAGAAAAACGCUGCCACACUGCAGCAUGCUGGUUACAGUGUGUUUGUGGUUGGUGUUGCCGAUGUGGAUUUUGCUGAGCUGCAGAACAUUGGCAGCAAGCCAAGCGACAGACACAUCUUUGUUGUGGACGACUUUGACGCCUUUGCAACUAUCCAAGACAACCUUGUGACCUUCAUUUGCGAAACAGCGACGUCUACUUGUCCCCUGAUCUACCUGAAUGGAUUCACAUCACCUGGCUUCAGAAUGCUGGAGGCGUUCAACCUGACAGAGAAGACCUAUGGCUAUAUCAAGGGAGUGUCUAUGGAACCUGGUUCCUUCAACAGCUACACAGCCUAUAGACUCCAUAAGAACUCCUUCCUGACCCAGCCCACCACGGAGAUCCACCCAGACGGACUACCUCACUCCUACACCAUCAUCAUGAUGUUCCGUCUCCUCCCGGACACACCCAACGAGGCCUUUGACAUCUGGCAGGUGUCCACCAAGGACGACAAGCCUGAAGUCGGGGUCACCAUUGAUCCUUCCAGCCAAACGAUUUCGUAUUAUAACAAGGAUACGAGGGGGGAGAUCCAGAGGGUCACAUUCGACAAUGACCAAGUGAAGAGAAUCUUCCAUGGAAGCUUCCACAAGCUCCACCUCCUUGUUUCCCCCACCAAAGUCAAGCUGAACCUCGACUGCCAAGAGGUGGCGGACAAGGAGAUUAAGGAAGCUGGAAACACGUCCACAGAUGGCUAUCAAGUUCUUGGCAAAAUGUCCAAGUCCAUUGGCUCCAAGGGUGAAUCUGCAACUUUCCAGCUCCAGAUGUUCGAUAUAGUGUGCACCCUGGGCUGGACGAGCAGAGACAGAUGCUGUGACCUUCCGUCUAUGAGAGAAGAGUCCAAGUGCCCGUCCCUCCCCAACGCCUGCACAUGUACCUCGGAAAGCACAGGACCCCAGGGAACACAGGGGGCAGUGGGCGCACCCGGUAGCAAAGGUCCCCGGGGCGAAAGAGGAGAGACUGGCCCGGCUGGUCCAAUUGGACCGCGUGGAGAUACAGGAUUGCCAGGACCUAUGGGUCUGCCUGGCCCUCAAGGAUCUAGCGGGCUGUCUAUUCCAGGAGAAGCUGGCCGCCAAGGACCGAAAGGAGAAGCUGGUGAUUCUGGGCUACCUGGACAGAAAGGUCCACCUGGGAAAGCUGGGACCAUCGGCCCAAUCGGACCUGCUGGACCGAGGGGACCCCAAGGAAAGGAAGGACAGGCUGGAUCCAGAGGUCCAACAGGACCAAUGGGACCUCCUGGAUCUCCUGGAAUGCCUGGGGCUUCAGGAAAACCAGGAAAGCCUGGUGACACAGGUGUUUCGGGAGCCAAUGGUAUUAAAGGGGACAGAGGAGAGAGAGGCGACUUUGCUCCUCAGAACAUGAUGCGGUCCAUUGCCAGACAAGUGUGUGAGCAGAUAGUAAAUGGACAAAUGAGUAGAGUCAAUUCCAUGCUGAACCAGAUUCCCAGCGGUUACCGUAGUAGCAACAACCCAGGUCCCCCCGGAGCCCCUGGGCCCAGCGGUAACCAGGGUCCCCGUGGAGAGCCCGGACAGACAGGCAGGAAUGGAUUCCCAGGAAGUUCAGGACAACCUGGCCAGCAAGGAGAGAGAGGCCCUGCAGGAGAGAAGGGUGAUCGAGGGACAGCAGCAGUCGGACAGCGAGGACAAAGAGGACCACCUGGCCCAACAGGCGAAGCUCGGACCGGCCCUCCAGGCCCCGCAGGCUCCUCCGGGCCCCGCGGUCCUCCUGGGCGCCAAGGGUUCGCAGGUAUUAGGGGCCAACCUGGCACUCCUGGCUACUGUGACUCUUCCCAGUGCGUCAGCAUUCCGUACAAUGGACAAGGAUACCGAGGUACAUAA